AUGGCAGCAAACAGUUGGGAGCUGCGUAUCUUUGGGCUCAUCUUGUUAGCCCUUCGAGUCACCCACUGCCGAUGUUCCCGGUGCUGCUCGGUCCCUUCCAAGAGAAGGAUGAAGAAGAAGCCCCGAGUCCUGACUCUGCUGUGCCUCCCAGAAGACGUCCUCUUCCACGUUCUCAAGGGGCUUCCUAUGGAAGAUAUCCUUUCCCUCCGAGCGGUGCACUCUCACCUGAAGUAUCUCAUAGAUAACCACGCUUGCGUUUGGGCCUGCGCGAGCUUUCAAGAAGCGUGGCCUUCUCCAAGGAACUUGAAAACGUUUGAAAGGGCUGCAGAAAAGGGAAACUUUGAAGCUGCUGUUAAACUUGGAAUAGCCUACCUCUACAAUGAAGGCCCAUCUGUUUCUGACGAAGGCCGUGCAGAAGUGAACGGGCUCAAAGCAUCACACUUUUUCAGCCUGACCGAGUGCUUGAACGUCUCUGCGGCCCCUUUUGCCUGGCUGUUCAUCCGUCCCCCCUGGUCUCUGGGUGGGAGUUGUUGCAAGGCCGUGGUCUACGAGAGCCUCCAAAGAGAGUGUCAGCAACAAAAAACUCAAAGGGGAUCGAUUCUAUACUGUUUGGCAAAAGUUCUGAGUCUCUUUGAGGAUGAAGAGAAAAGGAACGCUGCUCUCAAGAUGUUUGAGGACUCCUCGAAGCAAGGCUGCUUACACAGCUCUUACCUCUUGUGGGAAAAUAAUCAAAAAGCUGCUAUGUCAGAUCCUGGUAGAUACCUCCAGAGCCUCCGACAACUCAGGGACUAUGCAGCCAAAGGUUCCUGGGAGGCUCAGAUCGCUCUUGCCAAAGCUUGCGGGAACGGAAACCAGCUGGGUCUGGAAAGCAAAAUGUCGGUCGAGACGGUCUUCCAGUUCUUCCAGGCGUCUCUGCCUCUGAACAAGCAAAGCAUUUUCACUGUCCAGAAGGGCAUGAAUGAGACCAUGAGGUACAUUUUGGUGGACUGGCUGGUGGAAGUAGCCACCAUGAAAGACUUCUCCAGCCUCUGCCUCCAUAUGACGAUUGGCUGCGUGGACCGGUACUUGAAACUAAGGCCCGUGCCCCGGGCUCGGCUGCAGCUUUUAGGAAUUGCGUGCAUGGUUAUUUGUACCCGCUUUGUUAGCAAAGAGAUUCUGACGAUUCGCGAAGCUGUUUGGUUAACAGACAACACGUACAAAUACGAAGACCUGGUCAGGAUGAUGGGGGAGAUUAUCUCUGCCCUGGAAGGCAGGAUAAAG